CAAGCCCCUCACGGUUAAAGCACCUCGUGUGCAGCCUGCGAAUCAACACAAACAGACAAAAUGAAGUACGUCGCUGCCUACCUCCUGGCCCAGAUGGGCGGCAAGGAGUCCCCCUCCGAGGCUGAUGUCAAGGCCGUCCUCGCUUCCGUUUCCGCGGAGGUCGAUGACGCCAAGCUCAAGUCCUUCUUCGCCGCCAUCGACGGCAAGGAUGUCGCUGAGCUCAUCAAGGAAGGCCAGGCCAAGCUCGCUUCCGUCCCCUCCGGUGGCGGCGGCGGCGGCGGCGGCGGCGGCGGUGGCGGUGGCGGUGCCGCCGCGGCCGCGCCCGAGCCCGAGCCCGAGGAGGAGGAGGAGGAGGAGGCCAUGGACUUCGACCUCUUCGAUUAA